AUGGCUGACGACCAUCUUGGGGAGGAAGCGCAACCACAGUCCGCACGACCUCUUCAUAGCUCCCCUCUGUCCCUGCAUUCCGUGGGAUCAUCACACCCCAAUAUUGCGACACAGAUUGCUCCUACCAUCCAACCUGACUCAGAAGAGAGCGAUGAGGCGUACGCGGAGAGUAUAACAACAUCCUAUGUAACCUCUAUCGCAUCAGAGAUUUCUAAGGGUGUCCUAGAGAAUGACAGAAUCUACCCUAAUUAUGGCAAACAUAGUUAUGGCUUGCCAGUGGAUGAGCAUGAGAUGGAUCGGUUGGACCUGCAGCAUCGUAAGUACGAGCUAGUAAUAGGUGACAGGCACUUCCUGGCUCCUGUCGGUCCUACCCCACAGAAAAUACUGGAUCUGGGCACGGGGACUGGAAUAUGGGCUUUGGACGUGGCGGACAUGUUUCCAUCAGCGGAAGUGAUAGGAGUGGAUAUUGCUCCCAUCCAGCCUAAAUGGGUGGCAUCGAACUGUCAGUUCGAGAUUGAUGAUGUGGAAGCGGACUGGAUGUAUAAGGAGGACAGCUUUGAUUUCAUCCAUUUCCGAGACCCUUUGUACUGCAUCCGUGACUGGCCAAAGUUGAUGAGUCAGUGCCUCAGCCAUCUCAAGCCAGGUGGAUGGUGCGAGUUUGCCUGCAUAUAUCCAGUACCCAUGUGCGAUGACGGUUCUGUGCCUGAGACUUCUGGGUUCAAGUCCGUAUGUAUGAAGUUCAUGGAGGCAGGGAGAAUCUUUGGGGCCCCACUCGAUGUCCCACUUCACUUUGCGACCUAUAUGCGCGAGGCUGGCUUCGUCGACAUCUCGGAAAACAUAUUCAAAGUUCCUGCUUCCCCAUGGCCAAAAGAUAAACGGUUGAAGCAGAUUGGUGCGUUGGAGAUGACGAAUAUAUUGGAAGGUGCAGAGGCCUUCGGAUCGAGAGUGUUUCACCAAGUGUUUGGGUGGUCAAAGGAACAGAUUGAAGUGGUCUUGAUGGACAUGAAGAGAGAUGUGAGGAAUCGAGCAUAUCAUCAAUACUGCCAAUAUAUUGUUGUGUAUGGAAGACGGCCAACAUAA